AUGCAGCAAACGUGCCGACUAGACAGCCUGAAGAAGAGACUUGAUGGGCUCAUCGAAGAUGGAACCUGGGAGUGCGAAGAUGUCUUUGAGCAUGACUACAAGCGUGCUGAAGUUGUGGAUUGCAUCAUUUAUUAUGUUACCGGUUACCUGUGCAGAAAGAUUGGCAACAAAACGACUUGCAUGCUUUGCAAGAAGGGACUGGUUAGCUGGCAAGGGUUUUACGACAUGCCAGAAGCGGAGCUGGUCAACUGCAAAACUCGUCGAAAGUUAAGCCAUCCAAAUGUCAAUAUCUACUACCUACUGAUGGCCACAGAGAAACAGUUUGCCAAGGCUCUCCUGUAUGAUGUUACGCGACGGAAAGUGAGCGAAAACACCUUCAGGAUCCCGUUGAAGACAAAGAUGUUGAUGACGCUUUGGCUCCUUGGCAACCAGGAGUCUUACAGGGGUGUUGCUGAUCGCUUCGGUGUGAAUAAAGGCACAUUAUUCUUUGUCGUGGAGCAGAUGAUCUGUCUUUGGACAGAUUGUGCCCAAGGAGAGGUUGUCUGGCCCACUGACAUUGAUGGGGUCGAAAGAAGCUUCAGGGCACGCUGGAGAUUUCCAGGUGUAGUUGGUGCUGUGGAUGGGUGCCACAUAAACAUUAAAGCACCAAAAGAUGACCAAUCUGCCUUCUACAACAGGCAUGACGUGCACUCAGUUAUCUUGCAAGCCUGUUGUGAUCAAGACAUGUGUUUCUCACACAUCUGUGUAGGGAAACCAAGCAGGAUGCACGAUGGCCGUGUGUACGCCAUGUCUGGCCUCGAGGACUUUCUCGUCUGCCUUCCUGAAGACAAGCAUGUUCUUGGUGACUCGGCAUAUCCACUGAAAAUAUUCCUUAUGAAACCAUAUAGAGAUGAUGGCAGACUUACUCCCCAGCAAGUAAAAUUCAAUAACAUACUGAGCGCAGCACGCUCGGUCAUUGAAAGGGCCUUCGGGCGCCUAAAGGGGAAGUUCCGGCGCCUGAAGUUCCUCGACAUGGGUCGUGACGAUCUAAUCCCAAAAAUGGUAUGUGCGGCAUGCAUGCUACACAAUUUCAUUCUGAAACACCCAGCUGGCUUUGAUGACGACAAGGACGACGAAAACCCUCGUCGGCCGCCAAGGGUGCACAACGAGGAAAUUGAGCCCUCCGCUGCUCAGAAAAGAGAUGCGAUUUGCUCACGGCUGUGAACAAAUUUUUAUCCAUGUACUUCAUAUUAAUAGUUGAUUACACUUGUGUUUCUAUCCAAGUACACGGGUUAUCGAUGUUGGCAAAAAAAUGUAUACAGUAUUGCACUUGGUUAGUCCAGAAAAAAUUAAAUGUGCACCAUGUUCUUGAAGCACACCUACUCACUUUUGAGAGCUUCCUUACAGCAAAUUCAGGGAUAUGCUUGCAUGAUGUACCUUCCUGCUCAACAAAACAUCCUGUGCUGUGCAUGAGAUCUUGCUGUCAGCGUGUAGUUAAAUAAUAUAAAAUUACACCUCAGUGUUACCGUUGCAUCAUUGUCAUCAUCACCAUGAUGGAACUGGGCCAGAAAUAGGCUGCUGAUGAAAGGCAUUGCAAUAAGAAUGACAGUUAACUAAAAUGUUUCCACAAACCAAAACAAAAAAGCAUGCUUCUUUCAUUCAGUUGCAAAUUCAUAACCAAAGCUAUCAACAUUUGAAAUUAAAGGUUGAACUGUAUGUAAGCAAUUUAGCGAGCGACGAUUAAAGUAUACACAUCAGCUAUUAACAGUUUUGCGAAGAGACGUUUCUCUAGAUAACGCGUGCGAAAACACAAUCUCGUUCCUCGCCUUCUUUUUCGUGCUUCCAGAUCUAUCGCACAAGCUAGUGUGUGAGCUAGCAAGUUGUAUGUUCUAUUUCCUAUGGUUGGGAUCGCCAAGACGCGAGAUUUCCGUCACUUUUCGACCUGCUUGUGUUGUAGGGAAAAAUGCACGCUAUAAACUGUUCCGUUAUGUCAAUCGCCGAGUCAAGGUCCGACAUAUAUUGCAGAGGAUAAUUUCAUCUUAUGAGUAGUUCA